AUGGCCUAUUUGGACUAUGCGGGAGCUGGUGUUCCAUCACCAAAACUCCUCGAAAAUGUGGCUGAACAGCUUCGAACGAUGACUCUGGCAAAUCCGCACUCCAGACACACAACCGCUUUGUCGACCCGUCAAAUCGUUGAGGAGACUCGUUUGAGAAUUUUGGAAUAUUUCAACACCGAGGAUUAUGAUGUAAUCUUCACUUCAAAUGCCACUCAUUCCUUACAAAUCAUUGCUAACAAUUUUGAUUUCGGAGUUAUUCAAGAAAAAUGUGAAAUCAUCAGUGACACAUUGCCAGAAAAAGGACCAGUUUUUUGUUAUCUCAGUGACUCACACAAUUCUGUGAUGGGACUUCGAGAGAUCGUUCGAAACAAAGUGAAAAAUGUGGCUUGUUUGAAAUAUGAUAGCGUUGAUUGGUCUAAUCUUCCACCAAUCUCCAAUGGUCUCUUCAUUUAUACAGCGAUGAGCAACUUCUCUGGCAGAAAAUAUCCACUAGAAAAUGUGAAGAAGUUGCAAGACAAAGGUUUUAGUGUCUGCCUUGACGCUGCCGCUUACUUGUCCACUUCUCCUUUGGAUCUCUCCAAAAUCCAACCACAUUUCGUCAUUAUGUCUUUCUAUAAAAUAUUUGGUUACCCAACAGGACUCGGCUCAAUGGCUGAUCCAUUCUCGUUUACAUCACAUCAAAGAGAUGAGAUUAGUGAAAGAUUCGAAGACGGUACAAUCAACUAUUACUCAAUAGCUGCUUUAAGAGAGGCUUUUAUUGAAUUCAAUGCAUCAGAAAAGAUUUUGAAAGAAGCUUAUAAAAUGCUUAAAUCAAAACACCAUUGGAAUGGGAAACCUUUGGUGAUUGUUUAUGGACAUGAUACAAAGCAUUAUGGUCCAUUAAUCACUUUCAAUUUAUUACGAGAUGAUGGUACUUUUAUUGGGUACAAUGAGGUUGAGAAGAUGUGUGGUCUCUUUGGAGUUCUCGUUAGAACGGGAUGUUUUUGCAAUAUAGGAGCUUGUAUGGAACAUCUUGGGAUCACGGCUGAGGAUUUGCAUUUGAACUUUCUGAGUGGUAAAAAAUGCGGUGAUGAAAUGGAUGUUCACAAUGGGAAACCGCUAGGCGCUGUUCGGAUCUCGUUUGGAAGAUUUUCUUUGAUUGAGGAUGUGAAUCUCUUUGAACAAGUGCUUGAUUGCUGUUUCCUAGGAAAUCUGCCAACUCCUCAAGACGAGCACCGCACUCAUUCACUAGCCGAUUUCCGGCCACACAUUUCCCAUUUAUUCUAUUAUCCAGUUAAAUCAGGGCAUGGAGUUUGCACAAAAAGGGCCGAUCUCUCUCCUUCUGGUUUCAUUCAUGAUCGUCGAUUUCUUGUUCAAAGUCUCGGAGUCACAUUGACUCUCAAGAAGAAUCCAAGUAUGGCUAGAUUGUAUACAAAGAACAGUGGACAAACGCUUGAGUUGUUUACAGCCGAGAAAUCUAUAUCGCUUUCAAUGGAAUCAACCUCUUCAUCUCAAAAAACGAUUGUUUAUCGUGUUGGUACAUACGAUUGUGGAGAUGAAGUGAGUCGCUGGCUUUCACAAGUCCUCGAGAUGCCCAAUUGUCGAUUGUUACGAGCAGAAGAUGAUUCUCAACGCAGUCUCUCGAACGAAUCUCCAUUUCUCUUGAUCAACGAGGCGUCUGCUCAGAUUCUCGCCGAUCAAAUUUCUUUAAGUCGAGAAGAAAUAAUUCGACGUUUCCGGCCAAAUAUUGUCAUUUCUGGAUUGCCCGCUUUUCUCGAAGAUAGUCUUCAAAAAAUUCUUCUCGGAAAUCAUAAGUUUGAGGUUACUGGUAAAUGCACUCGUUGCGAGAUGAUUUGCGCUGAUCCGGAAACCGGCGAGAAAGAUCCGGCACUCAUUGUGGCGUUGAGAAAUUAUCGAAAUCGACAAAGGAUGACUUUCGGAAUCUAUCUACGACAAGUCGGCUGUGAAAUCGGUGACUCAUUGGCGGAGGGAGAUCUUGUGAAAUGUUUUGCUGAUGAAAGCAUU